AUGAACAAGCAGAAGAGCGUGGUUCUGUACCCGGGCCUCGGCGUCGGCCACCUGACGCCGAUGAUCGAGCUGGCUAAAGUGUUCACCCAGCACGGCGUCGCCGUCACAGUCGCGCUCGCCGAGCCGCCCACCAAGUCCUCCGACUUCUCCGCAGCGGCCGCCCGCGCCGCGGCCUCCAAUCCGUCCGUGAACUUCCACGUCCUGCCGCCGCCUGACCCCGCUGAUUCCAGUUCCAGCUCGGAUGACACGCAUUCGGACCCCGUCGUCCAGAUGCUCGGCUACCUCAAGGCCAUGAACGCGCCGCUGCGCGACCUCCUCCGCUCGCUUCCAGCCGUCGACGCGCUCGUCGUCGACAUGUUCUGCGGCGACGCGCUCGGCGUCGCUGCCGAGCUCAACCUGCCCGUCUACUACUUCUACGCCUCGGGCGCCAGCACGUUGGCCGUCUUCCUCAACCUGCCUCGCAUGAUGGCCACGGGUUUCCAGCUGGAGACCACCGGCGACGACUCCGUCCUCUCUCUCCCCGGCGCUCCUCCGUUCAAAGCUUCGGAACUGCCCGAAGUGAUUCUGAAUGGCAGCCAGGCAGGAAAAGCCGUCCUCCGCGUGCUCUACCUGUUCGCAGAGGCCAGCGGGAUUCUCGUCAACACCUUCGAGUCGCUGGAGACGCGGGCUGUGCGCGCUCUGAGGGACGGCCUGUGCGUUCCUGACCGUUCCACGCCGCCGGUGUACUGCAUCGGGCCGCUGGUUUCGGGAGGCGGAGACAAGGAGCACGAGUGCCUCCGGUGGCUGGACAUGCAGCCAGACAACAGCGUCGUGUUUCUCUCCUUUGGGAGCUUGGGCACGUUCCCAAAGAAGCAACUUGAGGAGAUGGCUAUUGGGCUCGAGAAGUCAGGGCAGAGGUUUCUAUGGGUAGUGCGGAGCCCACGAAACAACCCUGGGGACGCGUUGGGUCAGCCACUCCCGGAGCCGGACCUCGAGGCCCUCCUUCCAGAGGGGUUCUUGGAGAGGACCAAGGACAGAGGGCUUGUGCUCAAGUCUUGGGCACCACAAGUGGAUGUGCUACGCCAUAAAGCGACGGGCGCAUUUGUUACGCACUGUGGGUGGAACUCGACACUGGAGGGCAUCAUGGCAGGGUUGCCCCUGCUGUGCUGGCCACUGUAUGCAGAGCAGAGGAUGAACAAGGUGUUUAUUGUGGAAGAGAUGAAGAUCGGGGUGGAAAUGAACGGCUAUGAUGAAGAAAUGGUGAAGGCAGAGGAGGUGGAGACGAAGGUUAAGUGGGUGAUGGAGUCUCAAGGUGGGCAAGCACUCCGAGAUAGACUGGCGGAGGUAAAAGAUAGAGCAGUCAAGGCACUCAAAGAAGGCGGCUCAUCUUAUGCUGCUUUUGUCGAAUUCUUGAAGGAUAUCGAUAGCAUGGCUGAUCUUCAUCCCUAA